UGAAUCGAAAGUAACAAAAACUUUGCCCUUUUCCAUUUCAUCGAUACAGAAUCUAGAACUACAAACGACGGUGUAUUUCACCGCUGCUGAUCAGUGUACCCCAUGAGUUUGCGUUUGGGUGCUGUGCAACUGCUUUGCCGGAAAAUGUCUACUUUCAGCACUGUUCAGAGAGGCGCAGAGGCCACUGAGUCCUUUCGCCUGUUUUUCCGCAAUGGCAAUGGUGCCGCAAUCUCGCCAUUCCACGACAUUCCUCUUCUGAAUGACCCGGACAAGCACGUGUUCAACAUGGUGUGCGAGGUUCCACGGUUUAGCAAUGCUAAAAUGGAGAUGGCAACCAAAGAGCCGUUGAACCCAAUCAAGCAAGAUAUCAAGAAAGGCAAACUGCGUUACGUGGCGAACGUGUUCCCGUACCAUGGUUAUCUCUGGAACUACGGAGCCAUUCCUCAGACCUGGGAAGACCCUGGACACAAGGACGCACGUACUGAGUGUAAUGGUGAUAAUGAUCCCAUCGACGUGUGUGAGAUUGGACAUCGCAUUGGCAAGCGUGGUGAUGUCAUUGCUGUAAAACUCCUUGGUGCCCUGGCCAUGAUCGAUGAAGGCGAGACUGACUGGAAGAUCAUCUGUAUCGAUGUCAAUGACCCACUGGCUGAGAAGCUCAAUGAUGUAGCUGAUGUAGAGCGUGAGAUGCCAGGCCUACUCGAUGCUACUGUUCGAUGGUUCCGCGUUUACAAGAUGCCUGACGGCAAGCCGGAGAACAAAUUUGCCUUCAAUGACGAGUUCCAAAGUGCCGAGUUUGCCCGCUCUGUCGUCAUGGAAACCCACGAGCAGUGGAAGGCACUUGUUAAUAAACAGACGUCCUCUGAACUUGCUAUCAGCAACACGUGCCUUGGCAAUGAGUCUUCGGUGGACAGCGAGAAAGCCGAUAGUACUGUGUCGGCAGCUGCGGAAACAGGACCUUCGGCACCUAUUUCAGCUAGUGUUGACACAUGGCGCUACUGCUAGAAAGCCGUCAUUCAUGAUUGCCUUGCCUUUUAGCUCCGCUGGUGAUUUUCUGCUUACUUUUACUGUCUUUUGUUUGAGACUUUUCGAUUUAUUUUUUUCUAGGUCAGUUCUCUGAAACUGCGGAGUACCGAAUUUCUCGAGUUACUGUGCAUGCACAGUGCAACUGGAUGUGAAGAGGAGCGUUGUAGAACUCAAGUUUCAACAUGCAUUCUUUUUUUUAUUUAAUAUUUUCUCUGUCUCCUGUAUACUGUAUUCUACAGAAUCUAGGAAUGAACUCAUAACAUCUUA